CGCCCCCUCCCGGGAGGCGGCGCUGGGCCGGUGGCAAGCCCCCGGAGGGAGCCGCAGUAGUACGACGGAAGAUGGCGACGAGCGGCGGCGAAGAGGCGGCGGCAGCGGCUCCGGCGCCGGGGGCCCCGGCAACAGGGGCGGACACGACCCCUGGCUGGGAGGUGGCGGUGCGGCCCCUGCUGUCUGCGUCCUACUCCGCCUUCGAGAUGAAGGAGUUGCCGCAGCUGGUGGCCUCAGUCAUCGAGAGUGAAUCAGAAAUCCUGCACCAUGAAAAGCAGUACGAACCAUUCUACUCAUCUUUUGUUGCACUUUCCACACACUAUAUUACAACAGUUUGCAGCCUCAUUCCCCGGAACCAACUUCAAUCGGUGGCAGCAGCCUGUAAAGUUCUCAUUGAGUUUUCUCUCCUGCGUCUGGAGAAUCCAGAUGAGGCUUGUGCUGUGUCUCAGAAACACUUGAUUCUCCUAAUCAAGGGCCUGUGUACUGGCUGUAGCCGACUAGAUAGAACUGAAAUUAUCACAUUUACAGCAAUGAUGAAAUCUGCCAAGCUGCCACAAACAGUGAAGACGCUUUCAGAUGUGGAAGAUCAGAAAGAGCUGGCCUCCCCGGUAAGCCCUGAGCUGAGGCAGAAGGAGGUACAGAUGAACUUUUUGAACCAGCUGACCUCAGUGUUCAACCCUAGAACUGUAGUGUCACAACCUAUCAGUCCACAGACUCUGGUGGAAGGAGAAAAUGAUGAGCAGUCAUCCACAGAUCAAGCCUCUGCUAUCAAAACCAAAAAUGUGUUUAUAGCUCAAAAUGUAGCUAGUCUUCAAGAGCUUGGUGGCUCAGAAAAGCUACUGCGUGUGUGUUUGAACCUGCCAUAUUUCCUACGCUACAUCAAUCGGUUCCAAGAUGCAGUGUUAGCUAAUUCCUUCUUCAUCAUGCCUGCAACAGUAGCAGAUGCCACUGCUGUUCGAAAUGGUUUUCAUUCACUGGUGAUUGAUGUAACUAUGGCAUUAGAUACGCUUUCUCUACCUGUGCUGGAACCUUUGAAUCCUUCUCGUCUACAAGAUGUGACAGUCCUCAGCCUAAGUUGUCUGUAUGCAGGUGUGAGUGUAGCAACCUGCAUGGCCAUCCUGCAUGUGGGUAGUGCCCAGCAAGUGCGGACUGGGUCCACGAGCUCCAAAGAAGAAGACUAUGAAAGUGAUGCAGCUACAAUUGUCCAGAAAUGUCUCGAAAUCUAUGACAUGAUUGGACAAGCAAUAAGCAAUUCCCGCCGGGCUGGUGGUGAGCACUAUCAGAAUUUCCAAUUGCUGGGUGCCUGGUGCUUGUUAAACAGCCUUUUCCUCAUAUUGAACCUCAGUCCUACUGCGUUGGCUGAUAAGGGGAAAGAGAAGGAUCCGCUGGCUGCCCUCAGAGUCAGAGACAUACUUUCUCGCACAAAAGAGGGAGUGGGCUCUCCCAAACUGGGGCCUGGAAAAGGGCAUCAGGGAUUUGGGGUACUCUCUGUAAUACUGGCAAACCAUGCCAUCAAGCUGUUAACGUCUCUCUUUCAAGACCUGCAAGUGGAGGCCCUUCACAAGGGUUGGGAGACAGAUGGUCCGCCUGCGGCCCUGAGCAUUAUGGCCCAGAGCACCUCCAUACAGAGGAUUCAACGGCUGAUUGACUCUGUCCCACUGACAAACCUGCUCUUGACGUUACUUUCAACUUCCUACAGAAAGGCAUGUGUCCUGCAGCGGCAGAGGAAGGGCUCCAUGAGCAGUGAUGCCAGUGCCUCCACUGACUCAAACACCUAUUAUGAGGACGAUUUUAGUAGCACAGAGGAGGACAGCAGCCAAGAUGAUGACAGUGAACCUAUUUUGGGGCAAUGGUUUGAGGAGACCAUCUCCCCUAGUAAAGAGAAAGUGGCACCUCCACCCCCUCCCCCACCCCCUCCGCUGGAGAGCUCUCCUCGAGUUAAAAGCCCCAGUAAGCAGGCCCCUGGUGAGAAGGGCAACAUUUUGGCUAGUCGCAAAGAUCCUGAGUUGUUCUUAGGUCUGGCUUCCAACAUUUUGAACUUCAUCACCUCUUCCAUGCUAAACUCUCGGAACAAUUUUAUCCGAAACUAUCUGAGUGUGUCUCUUUCAGAACACCAUAUGGCCACUCUGGCCAGUAUCAUUAAGGAAGUGGACAAAGAUGGACUCAAGGGUUCAUCAGAUGAAGAGUUUGCUGCUGCUCUCUAUCACUUCAACCACUCUCUGGUAACCUCUGACCUUCAGUCACCUAAUUUGCAGAACACACUGUUGCAACAGCUGGGAGUUGCUCCUUUUGCUGAGGGCCCCUGGCCCUUGUACAUUCAUCCUCAAAGCCUCUCUGUGCUUUCACGCCUCCUGCUCAUCUGGCAGCAUAAAGCCGGCACCCAAGGUGAUCCAGACGUUCCUGAGUGCCUUAAAGUUUGGGACAGGUUUUUGUCUACAAUGAAGCAGAAUGCCCUGCAAGGGUUGGUGCCCAAUGAGACAGAAGAUUUGAAUGUAGAACAUCUGCAGCUGCUCCUCCUCAUCUUCCACAACCUCACUGAGAAAGGCCGGCGGGCCAUACUGACCCUGCUUGUGCAGAUCAUACAGGAGUUGAGUGUCAACAUGGACACUCAGAUGCGCUCUGUGCCCCUCAUCCUGGCUCGCCUCCUUCUGAUCUUUGACUAUCUGCUUCAUCAGUACUCCAAAGCCCCCGUGUAUCUCUUUGAGCAGGUGCAGCAUAACCUACUAAGUCCUCCUUUUGGAUGGGCAAGUGGGUCCCAGGACAGCAGUAGCCGCCGGACAACCACCCCUCUCUAUCAUGGAUUCAAAGAAGUAGAAGAAAACUGGUCUAAGCAUUUCUCAUCAGAUGCUGUCCCACAACCCAGAUUCUACUGUGUCCUAUCCCCAGAAGCCUCAGAGGAUGAUUUGAACCGACUUGAUUCUGUGGCAUGUGACGUUCUUUACUCCAAGCUUGUCAAGUAUGAUGAGCUUUACACUGCACUGACAACCCUGCUUGCAGCUGGAUCCCAGCUUGAUACAGUCAGGAGGAAGGAAAACAAGAACAUAACAGCUCUGGAGGCAUGUGCCCUUCAAUAUUACUUCUUGAUACUGUGGAGGAUCCUGGGGAUUUUGCCACCAUCAAAGACUUACAUGAACCAACUGGCCAUGAACUCACCUGAGAUGAGUGAAUGUGACAUCUUACAUACUCUUCGAUGGUCUUCCCGCCUCCGGAUCAGCUCCUAUGUCAACUGGAUAAAGGAUCACCUUAUCAAACAGGGAAUGAAGGCUGAACAUGCUGGCUCUCUCAUAGAACUGGCAUCCACCAAGUGUAGCUCAGUGAAGUAUGAUGUUGAAAUUGUAGAGGAAUACUUUGCUAGACAGAUCUCAUCCUUCUGUAGUAUUGACUGCACCACCAUCUUGCAACUCCAUGAAAUUCCUAGUCUGCAGUCCAUCUACACCCUUGAUGCUGCUAUCUCGAAGGUCCAAGUCUCUUUAGAUGAGCAUUUUUCUAAGAUGGCUGCUGAGACUGAUCCUCAUAAGUCAUCGGAGAUCACCAAGAACCUGCUUCCAGCCACGCUACAACUCAUUGACACCUAUGCAUCAUGCACUAGAGCCUAUUUGCUACAGAACUUUAAUGAAGAGGGAACAACUGAUAAACCUUCCAAGGAGAAACUGCAGGGCUUUGCUGCUGUUUUGGCUAUUGGCUCUAGUAGGUGCAAGGCAAACACUCUGGGUCCGACACUGGUUCAGAAUUUGCCAUCAUCGGUGCAGGCUGUGUGUGAGUCUUGGAACAACAUCAAUACCAAUGAGUUUCCCAACAUUGGAUCCUGGCGCAAUGCCUUUGCCAAUGACACCAUCCCUUCAGAGAGUUAUAUCAGUGCUGUGCAGGCUGCGCACCUGGGGACUCUUUGUGGCCAAAGUCUGCCCCUGGCUGCUUCCCUGAAGCACACCCUCCUCUCACUGGUCAGGUUGACUGGGGAUCUUAUCGUUUGGUCAGAUGAGAUGAACCCGCCGCAGGUAAUUCGGACUCUGCUACCUCUUCUUUUGGAGUCAAGCACUGAGAGUGUUGCCGAGAUCAGUAGCAACUCCCUGGAACGCAUCUUGGGCCCUGCCGAGUCUGAUGAAUUCUUGGCUCGUGUUUAUGAGAAGCUGAUAACUGGUUGUUACAACAUUCUGGCCAAUCAUGCGGAUCCCAAUAGUGGGCUGGAUGAAUCCAUCUUGGAAGAAUGUCUCCAAUAUUUAGAAAAGCAACUGGAAAGUAGCCAGGCUCGUAAAGCGAUGGAGGAGUUUUUCUCUGAUAGUGGAGAACUUGUGCAGAUCAUGAUGGCAACAGCCAAUGAGAACCUCUCUGCUAAAUUCUGUAACCGAGUUUUGAAAUUCUUCACCAAACUCUUCCAGCUGACUGAGAAGAGCCCUAACCCAAGCCUCCUACAUCUCUGUGGCUCUCUGGCGCAGCUGGCAUGUGUGGAGCCUGUGCGUCUGCAGGCCUGGCUCACUCGCAUGACUACAUCACCCCCAAAAGAUUCUGAUCAGCUGGAUAUAAUUCAGGAGAAUCGGCAAUUAUUACAGUUAUUGACCACAUACAUUGUUCGGGAAAACAGCCAAGUUGGGGAAGGUGUAUGUGCUGUGCUUCUGGGCACUCUGACCCCCAUGGCAACAGAGAUGCUGGCCAAUGGUGAUGGGACUGGCUUCCCUGAACUCAUGGUCGUGAUGGCCACCCUGGCCAGUGCCGGUCAAGGUGCUGGUCACCUUCAGCUUCAUAAUGCUGCUGUGGACUGGCUGAGCAGAUGCAAGAAAUACCUGUCACAGAAGAAUGUGGUUGAAAAACUGAAUGCCAAUGUAAUGCAUGGAAAGCAUGUGAUGAUCUUGGAGUGCACAUGCCACAUUAUGUCUUACUUGGCUGAUGUUACAAAUGCCCUGAGCCAGAGUAAUGGUCAAGGCCCAAGUCACCUCUCAGUGGAUGGGGAAGAGCGGGCCAUCGAGGUGGACUCAGACUGGGUGGAGGAGUUGGCAGUGGAAGAGGAAGAUUCCCAGGCUGAGGAUUCAGAUGAAGAUUCUCUUUGCAAUAAACUCUGCACUUUUACGAUCACACAGAAAGAAUUCAUGAACCAGCAUUGGUACCACUGUCACACCUGCAAAAUGGUGGAUGGAGUGGGUGUGUGCACAGUGUGUGCUAAAGUAUGCCACAAGGAUCACGAGAUUUCCUAUGCCAAGUAUGGGUCCUUCUUCUGUGACUGUGGGGCCAAGGAAGAUGGCAGCUGCUUGGCACUGGUGAAGAGAACUCCCAGCAGUGGCAUGAGCUCCACCAUGAAGGAGUCAGCAUUUCAGAGCGAACCCAGGGUUUCAGAGAGUCUGGUGCGCCAUGCCAGCACUUCUCCAGCUGACAAGGCCAAGGUCACCAUCAGUGAUGGAAAGGUUACUGAUGAAGAGAAGCCGAAGAAGAGCAGCCUGUGCCGCACAGUAGAGGGCUGCCGGGAGGAGCUGCAGAACCAGGCCAAUUUCUCCUUCGCUCCUCUUGUGUUAGACAUGCUCAAUUUCCUCAUGGAUGCCAUUCAGACCAACUUUCAGCAGGCUUCAGCAGUGGGGAGCAGCAGCCGGGCGCAGCAAGCCCUCAGUGAGCUGCAUACAGUUGACAAGGCAGUUGAGAUGACAGACCAGCUCAUGGUUCCCACCCUAGGCUCCCAGGAAGGUGCCUUUGAGAAUGUUCGGAUGAAUUACAGCGGAGACCAGGGCCAGACUAUCCGGCAGCUGAUCAGCGCCCAUGUGCUCAGGCGGGUCGCUAUGUGUGUGCUUUCCUCCCCACAUGGGCGCCGCCAGCAUUUGGCUGUGAGCCAUGAGAAGGGCAAGAUCACUGUUCUGCAGCUCUCUGCACUUCUAAAGCAAGCAGAUUCCAGCAAAAGGAAGUUGACUCUGACACGCUUGGCUUCUGCGCCAGUUCCCUUUACUGUGUUAAGCCUUACUGGAAACCCUUGCAAGGAGGACUACCUGGCGGUUUGUGGGCUGAAGGACUGCCACGUGCUCACCUUUAGUAGCUCAGGUUCUGUUUCGGAUCACUUGGUAUUACACCCUCAAUUGGCAACGGGGAACUUCAUCAUCAAAGCUGUGUGGUUACCUGGUUCGCAGACUGAGUUAGCAAUUGUCACUGCAGACUUUGUUAAGAUUUAUGACCUGUCAGUUGAUGCCUUGAGUCCAACCUUCUACUUUCUCCUGCCGAGCUCAAAGAUAAGAGAUGUUACCUUCCUUUUCAAUGAGGAGGGAAAGAACAUCAUUGUUAUAAUGUCUUCAGCUGGGUACAUCUACACUCAGCUCAUGGAAGAGGCCAGCAGUGCCCAGCAGGGACCCUUCUAUGUCACUAAUGUCCUGGAGAUCAAUCAUGAGGACCUGAAGGACAGUAAUAGCCAGGUGGCAGGUGGUGGUGUGUCCGUGUACUACUCCCAUGUAUUGCAGAUGCUGUUCUUCAGCUAUUGUCAAGGCAAAUCAUUUGCAGCCACCAUUAGCAGGACAACUCUGGAAGUGUUGCAACUCUUCCCCAUCAACAUCAAAAGUUCCAAUGGUGGCAGUAAGACUUCUCCUGCCCUUUGCCAGUGGUCUGAGGUGAUGAACCACCCUGGCUUGGUGUGUUGUGUUCAGCAAACUACAGGUGUGCCACUCGUAGUCAUGGUGAAACCAGACACUUUUCUUAUCCAAGAGAUUAAGACUCUUCCUGCUAAAGCAAAGAUCCAAGACAUGGUUGCCAUUAGGCACACGGCCUGCAAUGAGCAGCAGCGGACAACGAUGAUCUUGCUGUGUGAGGAUGGCAGCCUCCGCAUUUACAUGGCCAACGUGGAGAACACCUCCUACUGGCUGCAACCAUCCCUGCAGCCAAGCAGUGUCAUCAGCAUAAUGAAACCUGUUCGAAAGCGCAAAACAGCUACAAUCACAACCCGCACGUCUAGUCAGGUGACUUUCCCCAUUGACUUCUUUGAACACAACCAGCAGCUGACAGAUGUGGAGUUUGGUGGUAAUGACCUCCUGCAAGUCUACAAUGCACAACAGAUAAAACACCGGCUGAAUUCCACUGGCAUGUAUGUGGCCAACACCAAGCCUGGUGGCUUCACCAUUGAGAUUAGUAACAACAACAGCACCAUGGUGAUGACAGGCAUGCGGAUCCAGAUUGGGACUCAGGCAAUUGAACGAGCCCCAUCAUAUAUUGAGAUCUUCGGCAGAACUAUGCAGCUUAACCUGAGUCGCUCACGCUGGUUUGACUUCCCCUUCACCAGAGAAGAAGCCCUGCAGGCUGAUAAGAAGCUGAACCUCUUCAUCGGGGCCUCAGUGGAUCCAGCAGGUGUCACCAUGAUAGAUGCUGUGAAAAUUUAUGGCAAGACUAAGGAGCAGUUUGGCUGGCCUGAUGAGCCUCCAGAAGAAUUUCCUUCUGCCUCCGUCAGCAACAUCUGCCCUUCAAACUUGAACCAGAGCAACGGCACUGGAGAGAGCGACUCAGCUGCCCCUACUACGACCAGUGGAACUGUUUUGGAGAGGCUGGUUGUGAGUUCUUUAGAAGCCUUGGAAAGCUGCUUUGCUGUUGGCCCAAUCAUCGAGAAGGAGAGAAACAAGAAUGCAGCUCAGGAGCUGGCCACUCUGCUGCUGUCCCUGCCAGCACCCGCCAGUGUCCAACAGCAGUCCAAGAGCCUCCUGGCCAGCCUGCACACCAGCCGCUCGGCCUACCACAGCCACAAGGAUCAGGCCUUGCUGAGCAAAGCCGUGCAGUGUCUCAACACAUCCAGCAAAGAAGGCAAGGAUUUGGACCCCGAGGUGUUCCAGAGGCUGGUUAUCACAGCUCGCUCCAUUGCCAUCAUGCGCCCUAACAACCUUGUCCACUUUACGGAGUCAAAGCUGCCCCAGAUGGAAACAGAAGGAGUGGAUGAGGGGAAAGAACCACAGAAGCAGUUGGAAGGAGAUUGCUGUAGUUUCAUCACCCAGCUCAUGAACCACUUCUGGAAACUCCAUGCAUCCAAACCCAAGAAUGCCUUCCUAGCACCUGCCUGCCUGCCAGGCCUAACUCAUAUUGAAGCUACCGUCAAUGCUCUGGUAGACAUUAUCCAUGGCUACUGUACCUGCGAGCUGGAUUGUAUUAACACAGCCUCCAAGAUCUACAUGCAGAUGCUGUUGUGCCCUGAUCCUGCUGUGAGCUUCUCUUGUAAACAAGCUUUAAUUCGCGUCCUAAGGCCCAGGAACAAACGGAGACAUGUGACUUUGCCCUCUUCCCCUCGAAGCAACACUCCAAUGGGAGACAAGGAUGAUGAUGACGAUGAUGAUGCAGAUGAGAAAAUGCAGUCAUCAGGGAUCCCGAAUGGUGGUCACAUUCGUCAGGAAAGCCAGGAACAGAGUGAGGUGGACCAUGGAGAUUUUGAGAUGGUGUCUGAGUCGAUGGUCCUGGAGACAGCUGAAAAUGUCAACAAUGGCAACCCCUCUCCCCUGGAGGCCCUGCUGGCAGGCGCAGAGGGCUUCCCUCCCAUGCUGGACAUCCCGCCUGAUGCAGAUGACGAGACCAUGGUUGAACUAGCCAUUGCCCUGAGCCUGCAGCAGGACCAACAAGGCAGCAGCAGCAGUGCCCUGGGCCUGCAGAGCCUGGGACUGUCCGGCCAGGCACCCAGCUCUUCCUCUCUGGACGCAGGAACCCUCUCUGACACCACAGCAUCAGCUCCAGCCUCAGACGACGAGGGCAGCACAGCAGCGACUGAUGGUUCUACCCUUCGGACCUCUCCUGCUGACCACGGUGGUAGUGUGGGCUCGGAGAGCGGGGGAAGUGCAGUGGACUCAGUGGCUGGCGAGCACAGUGUAUCUGGCCGGAGCAGUGCUUAUGGCGAUGCCACAGCUGAGGGGCAUCCAGUUGGACCAGGAAGUGUCAGCUCAAGCACUGGCGCUAUCAGCACCACCACUGGGCACCAGGAAGGAGACGGCUCGGAGGGAGAAGGAGAAGGGGAAGCUGAAGGAGAUGUCCACACUAGCAACAGGCUGCACAUGGUCCGUCUGAUGCUGUUGGAAAGAUUACUGCAGACCUUGCCUCAGUUACGAAAUGUUGGAGGUGUCCGGGCCAUCCCAUACAUGCAGGUCAUUCUGAUGCUUACUACAGAUCUGGAUGGAGAAGAUGAGAAAGACAAGGGGGCCCUGGACAACCUGCUCUCCCAGCUUAUUGCUGAACUGGGCAUGGAUAAGAAGGAUGUCUCCAAGAAGAAUGAGCGCAGUGCCCUGAAUGAAGUCCAUCUGGUAGUAAUGAGACUCCUGAGUGUCUUCAUGUCCCGUACCAAAUCUGGAUCCAAGUCUUCCAUAUGUGAGUCAUCUUCCCUCAUCUCCAGUGCCACAGCAGCAGCACUGCUGAGUUCUGGGGCUGUGGACUACUGCUUGCAUGUGCUCAAGUCACUGCUGGAAUAUUGGAAGAGCCAACAGAAUGACGAGGAACCCGUGGUGACUAGCCAAUUGCUGAAACCACACACUACUUCAUCCCCACCCGACAUGAGCCCAUUCUUUCUCCGCCAGUAUGUGAAGGGUCAUGCUGCUGAUGUGUUUGAAGCCUAUACUCAACUUCUAACAGAGAUGGUCCUGAGACUUCCAUACCAAAUCAAAAAGAUUGCUGACACCAACUCUCGAAUCCCACCUCCUGUCUUUGAUCAUUCAUGGUUUUACUUUCUCUCAGAGUACCUGAUGAUCCAGCAGACUCCAUUUGUGCGUCGCCAAGUCCGCAAACUUCUGCUCUUCAUCUGUGGAUCAAAGGAGAAAUACCGCCAGCUCCGGGAUUUGCACACCCUGGACUCCCAUGUGCGUGGGAUCAAGAAGCUGCUAGAAGAGCAGGGGAUAUUCCUCCGGGCAAGUGUGGUUACAGCCAGCUCAGGCUCCGCCUUGCAGUACGACACACUCAUCAGCCUGAUGGAGCAUCUGAAAGCCUGCGCAGAGAUUGCUGCCCAGCGAACCAUCAACUGGCAGAAAUUCUGCAUCAAAGACGACUCCGUCCUGUACUUCCUCCUCCAAGUCAGUUUCCUCGUGGACGAGGGCGUGUCCCCAGUACUGCUGCAGCUGCUGUCCUGCGCCCUGUGCGGCAGCAAGGUGCUUGCUGCGCUGGCGGCUUCUGCGGGAUCCUCCAGUGCUGCUUCCUCGGCCCCCGUGGCUGCCAGUUCCGGACAAGCCACCACACAGUCCAAGUCGUCCACUAAAAAGAGCAAGAAAGAGGAAAAGGAAAAGGAGAAAGAUGGUGAGAGCUCAGGCAGCCAGGAGGACCAGCUGUGCACAGCUCUGGUGAACCAGCUGAACAAAUUUGCUGAUAAGGAAACCCUGAUCCAGUUUCUGCGGUGCUUCCUGUUAGAGUCCAAUUCUUCCUCAGUGCGCUGGCAGGCUCACUGCCUCACACUGCACAUCUACAGAAACUCCAGCAAAUCCCAACAGGAGCUCCUGCUAGAUCUGAUGUGGUCCAUAUGGCCAGAACUCCCGGCCUACGGUCGUAAGGCUGCCCAGUUUGUGGACCUACUAGGAUAUUUCUCCUUGAAAACUCCACAAACGGAGAAGAAGUUGAAGGAGUAUUCACAGAAGGCUGUGGAGAUUCUGCGGACUCAAAACCAUAUUCUUACCAACCACCCCAACUCUAACAUUUAUAACACUUUGUCUGGCUUAGUGGAGUUUGAUGGCUAUUACCUGGAGAGUGAUCCCUGCCUGGUGUGCAAUAAUCCAGAAGUGCCAUUUUGUUAUAUCAAGCUGUCUUCUAUUAAAGUGGACACGCGAUACACCACCACCCAGCAGGUUGUGAAGCUCAUUGGCAGUCAUACUAUCAGCAAAGUGACAGUGAAAAUUGGAGAUCUGAAACGGACUAAGAUGGUGCGGACUAUCAACCUGUAUUAUAACAACCGAACUGUACAGGCCAUCGUGGAGUUGAAAAACAAGCCAGCUCGCUGGCACAAAGCCAAGAAGGUUCAGCUGACCCCUGGGCAGACAGAGGUGAAGAUUGACCUGCCAUUGCCCAUUGUGGCCUCCAACCUGAUGAUUGAGUUCGCAGACUUCUAUGAAAACUACCAGGCCUCCACAGAGACCCUGCAGUGCCCACGCUGCAGUGCCUCAGUCCCUGCCAACCCAGGGGUCUGUGGCAACUGUGGAGAGAAUGUGUAUCAGUGUCACAAAUGCAGAUCCAUCAAUUAUGAUGAAAAGGAUCCUUUUCUCUGCAAUGCCUGUGGCUUCUGUAAAUAUGCUCGCUUUGACUUCAUGCUCUAUGCCAAGCCUUGCUGUGCAGUGGAUCCCAUUGAGAAUGAGGAAGACCGGAAGAAGACACGGGAGCAUGGCAUGACCCUCCCUCCUGUGGUCGGGGUGACAUGA